GUUCAGAGUUUCCGCUUCCUGUUGUCAGGUCGAAAAUACAAUUCUGCACGAGGUUUCGAAGAAUAUCUGAUCAUCAUGGGCGAACCAGACUUAGUUCAAGAUACUUUAACUAUUCCUAAAGAUGAAGAUUAUGGCUGUAAACUAAUUCAUCUCAAAGUGACAGAUCAAAUAAAGGAAUUGCAAACAAUAUUGAGAGAUAAGACGACAAGUCGAAAUGAAUUCAUUUUCUCUGCUGAUCGUUUGAUACGUCUAGUCGUUGAAGAGGGGCUAAAUCAGUUGCCAUACAGCCCCAGCACUGUUCAAACUCCAACAGGUUCUGAAUAUGAAGGUCUUAUGUUCGAAAAAGGAAAUUGUGGCGUAAGCAUUAUGAGAAGCGGUGAAGCUAUGGAAAAAGGCUUACGGGAUUGUUGCAGAUCUAUAAGAAUUGGUAAAAUCCUCAUACAAAGCGAGGAAGACACUCAAGAAGCUAAAUUGUUUUAUUCAAAAUUUCCUUCUGACAUACAUAAGCGCAAAGUUUUAUUAAUGUACCCAAUAAUGAGUACUGGAAAUACGAUCAUAAAAGCUGUUCGAGUGUUACAGAAUCACUCUGUCGAACUCCACAAUAUAAUAGUCUUAAAUUUAUUUUGCACUCCACAAGGUGUGAAAGCUCUAAAAGAUCUUAAAGGCUUAAAAAUCUUAACAUCUGAAGUAAAUUCAGUUGCUCCAAAACAUUUCGGAAUGAAGUAUUUUGGUACAGAUUAAUCAAUUGGAUCGAGUUAUUCAUAUACUGUUAAUCCCAUGGAUAGUUACUCAUAUUUAUCCCAAAAUUUUUAGAUAUACUAUGAAAAAUAUAUAAAUAAAUCAUAAUAAAAAAUUAUUUACGAAAAGACCGUGUAACAAAUUUGUUAUCGAAAGAUGGCGGUAUAAAUCGUAAACAUGGUGUCAAUAUUUGACCUUAAAUUGAUAGGUGAAUUAUCUGGAAAUGUUACGAAUGUUGAUCUAGGUCAAUAGUACAGUUAGCUACUUUUAAUUUUUA